GCUUUGGUUCAACUAAUCAACUUAUUUAUUUGUCCUUCAUAAGGUUCACAGCAGUUGUUGUUCAAUAACAAUUUUCCUUAUUCCAUUCAAUCUUCUAGUUUUUCCGCUGUUCGUUAGCUUGAAGUUUUUCAAAAUAUCAUGCCGACAUUCUCGAAUAUUUUGAAAUCCAAAUUGACUCAGUCUGCCCUCGUGGGUGCUGGGUUGGUUGGUGGUACUGUGAUCUACCUUGAUUUCAUCAGAUCUCCGAAUGCUCCUAACUUGGUUAACAGUUACAAACCUUUGAUAAAAUCUCUUCCCAAGCCUCCUUCUAGAGAUCAGUUAUUGGAAAAUGUCGAAAACACAAAGAAAUUCGAUAUGAUCGUCAUCGGUGGUGGAGCUACUGGAACCGGUACUGCUGUUGAUGCGGCUACCAGAGGUCUUAACGUGUGUCUUUUGGAACAAAAUGAUUUUGCCUCGGGUACCUCAUCAAAGUCCACUAAAAUGGCUCAUGGAGGUGUCAGAUACUUGGAAAAAGCCGUGUUUCAAUUGUCAAAAGCUCAAUUAGAUUUAGUUAUCGAAGCUUUGAACGAAAGAGGAAACAUGUUAAGAACCGCUCCUCACUUGUGUUCCGUUUUACCCAUUAUGAUUCCUGUUUACAAAUGGUGGCAGGCACCCUAUUUUUUCGCUGGUUGCAAAAUGUACGAUUGGUUUGCCGGUCAUCAAGGGUUAAGGUCUUCUACCAUUUUAUCGAAGGAAACCACCUCUGCGUUGGCUCCAAUGGUGGAUGCUUCUAACUUGAAGUUGUCUUGUGUGUACCACGAUGGGUCCUUUAAUGAUUCUAGAAUGAACUCUUCUUUGGCCAUCACUGCCAUUGAAAAUGGUGCCACCGUCUUGAAUUACAUGAAGGUUGACCAAUUAUUAAAGAACAGCGAAAACAAACUUGAAGGUGUUUUGGCUACUGACUUGGAAACUGGUAAACAAUAUAACAUUCAAGCCACUUCUGUGGUCAACGCUACUGGUCCUUUUGCUGAUAAGAUUUUGGAAAUGGACAAUGACCCUCAAGGUAAGCCUCCUGCCACUCCCCAAGCUCCAAAAAUGAUUGUUCCUUCUAGUGGAGUCCAUGUUGUUUUACCCGAAUAUUAUGGACCACAAAAUAUUGGUCUUUUGGAUCCUUCCACUUCUGAUGGUAGAGUUAUGUUCUUUUUGCCAUGGCAAGGAAAAGUUUUAUGUGGAACUACAGAUACUCCAUUAAAAGAUGUUCCUGCUAGUCCUGUUCCAACUGAAGAAGAAAUUCAAGAUAUUUUGCAAGAAUUACAAAAAUAUAUUGUGUUCCCAGUUAACAGGGAUGAUGUUUUGAGUGCUUGGUCUGGUAUUAGACCAUUGGCGAGAAACCCUGAUACUUUGUUAAAUGGCUCUAGUGGAGCUGGUUCCACUCAGGGAUUGGUAAGAUCUCAUUUGAUCCAUUCGUCUCCUACAGGCUUAAUCACCAUUUCUGGUGGUAAAUGGACUACUUACAGAGAAAUGGCCGAAGAAACUGUGGACACUGUUAUUAAGAACUUCAAGUUUGACAAGGAAAUAAAGCCUUGUCAAACAAACCAAUUAGUUUUGAUUGGUGGUGAGGACUACUCAAAGAAUUAUUCCGCUAGAUUGAUUCAUGAGUACAGAAUUCCUUUGAAAUUGGCUAAGCAUUUGUCUCACAACUACGGUUCGAGAUCUUCAUUGAUCUUGGAAUUGUAUCGUCAAUCCGAUUACAACAAGUUACCAAUCACCUUGGCAGCUACCAAAUCUUUCAGCCCAUCUGAAGCUGUCGAAUCUGAGGGUAACAACUUGUCUUAUCAGAAUUUCGAUGAGCCAUUCACUAUCGCCGAAUUGAAAUAUUCUUUGAAGUAUGAGUACAUCAGAACUCCCGUUGACUUCUUAGCUAGAAGAACUAGAUUGGCAUUUUUGAAUGCUAGACAGGCUUUAAGUGCAGUUGAUGGAGUGGUUGAAAUUAUGAAGAACGAUUUGAACUGGGAUGCUACCACCACUGAGAAGAUGAGAAGCGAAGCCAAGGCUUAUAUUGGAACCUUUGGUAUUAACUCGAAGGAUUUUGAUGUCAAAGACUUUAUCGUUCAAUAGACUCGUGUAUUCUCCCUUGUAUAAAUAAAAUAGAGAAAUAGAGUGUUAAUAUAAUGGAAAAUCACUUGGA